AACAGCCACCGUUUGGGAUUUGAGGUCUCGCCCAAAAAUGGCUGUGGAGAAACAGUUAUGAAGAUGUGUCGAGCUACUCACCUAAUUAAUGUGGCGCGUGCUCCAAAUUAACCAAGAGUCCUCUGAUCGAGCCGGAGGACAUUUCUGGAAGGUGAGUGGAGGGCUGUGGAAGAAGAAGAGGAGGAAGAAGAGGAUUGUGGGCCAUCUUGGGACAGCGAAACUGAAGAUACUUUGGACAAUGUUUCCCAGAUUCUCCAACUCAUCAGAGAAACAGCUGCUAUAUCAGAGAGAAGCUCUCUAUGGCAGGGAAAUGAGAGACAGCUCCUCCAUCACAUGACACGCGCUCUGAAGUCUGGGUUUACAACUGGUGCCUUUGUUGAACACAAUGUGGGUGAUUCCUGGGAGAUUUCAGAGGGACCGGGGGUAAAACAGCAUGCCGAAGCUUAAAGGGAUAGUUCACCCAAAAAUGAACUAAAAAUUCUGUCAUUAUUUACUCACCAGAUUGUUCAUGCUGCUCAUUUACAAUAAGUCAUACGGGAUUGGAAUGACAUGAGUAAAAGGAUCUUCAGUGGCAGACAUGAAAACCCAAGAGCAUCGUUCCAGCCCUCUGAAAUCACACACACAGAGUGAUGCACGGCCCCACUCCCAAAUGAAAGGUCUCCAGUUUCGCAGCAUUGCCCCCAAAGCCCCAGCAGUGGUUCCAUCCUCUGCAGUUCUAUCCUGCCAGCCUCCCACAGCCCUGCCAGAAGCCUCCACGGCUGUCAGCCCCAAAUCCAUCCUUGUCCCUGCCCAGAACUAUGCACUCAUGCAGGUGGCUGGACAAGAGGGGACCUUCUCAUUGGUGGCCUUACCUCAGACACAACAGCAACAGCCAAUCCAGAAGAACCUUAAGCUGCCUAUACCCAGAUACCAACCGGUGCGAAGCAAGAGCACUCCAGAAAAAAGCAGUAGCAAGAUGCCGAGUCCAGCCAAGGUUUCUGCAACCAUACAAGCUCAAUCACCUGCUGUGAAAUCAGACCAGAGUUCAGACCCAGUAACAGAGCAUCUUGUUUUAAUUGAUGCUCCUGCUUCGUCUGAAAUCAACGUUGGGCCCUUGCUCCCAGGAUCACAGACAGAUCAAAAAGUGGAACAAAAAAGCGAUGCCGGCCCACUCAAAAAACAGCACUAUCCUUCUGCAGCCUCCCUUGUUGCCCCUGUCAAGAACAUCUCACCGGUUAAAACCCAAAUAGAGAGUCAAGCCUCGGCUGGCAGUGCCAUCACAGUCCUCUCACCCACUAUCUUUAGCAAAGCUGUUCAGAUCAUUCCAUCUCCACCCAAGGGCAAGCUGCCCAUCCUGCCCUAUGCCAAGGUGAAGAACUCCCUCCUAGCACCAACCAGCCUCGCCAGCACCCCGUUCUCAGAGAAGCAGACUGGAGCCAAAAGCAGCCUGAAAAGCUCUCCAGACAACAAAAUCAAGUCCGCAGACAGCAAAGUUCAAAGUGAAAGCCUAAGCCAAGACCACAACAACUCCCAAAUCAAGAAACCUCCAGGCAAGAAACGGGGGAGGAAGAGAAAAACAAUGGAGGAUAUUCUAGCUUUCGAAGCCCGAAAGAAGAGAUCCUUGUCGUUUUUUAGAAGGAGGGUACCUGAGAAACCUCUAGCUGGUGUGUCAAAUUCUGCCUCUCAAGAGAAGUUGCUUGACAUAUCCAAAAAGUAUAGGAGUAUUCGUCCCAAGCCAGUACUGGUAAUGGAAACCACUAUUCCACAACUUGUUCCGCUCCCUUCCUUGUCAACAUCGGAGAACCUUGAUCAGGAGCUCAUAUUAGGACAGCAGAUAUCAGGAAAACAGUUGAGUGCUUCACAGUCUUCGCAAGCUACUGAUCAGCAGCCUGUGGUAGAAUAUAAAAGUGGUGGAGGAGUGAUUUACACAGGAAGUCGUCCGCUGCAUCGUUGUCCUACCUGCAACAGGUGUUUCCAGUUCAAACAUCACUUGCAGAGCCACAUGAACAGCCACAGUAACCUGCGGCCUUACGUCUGCCCGGUAUGCAGGAAGGCCUACGCUCACUCAGGCAGUCUUAGCACUCAUAUGAAGCUGCACCAUGCGGAAAGCAGGCCCCGGAAGAGCCUUUGCUGUGAAUUCUGUGAGAAAUCAUUUGGCUAUGUGGGUGUAUACUUCAGCCACUUGAGAGAGGUGCACCGGGUAAUACUUACCGUUGAACCGUCCAUCAGUCAACACGAAGAAAACAUGUCUGUAGGAGAGUCUUCGGAAGCUGAUGAACAGGCCUCAGAACAACGUGUUGACCCAGUCGAGCUACAAAUUAAGUGUGGCCGCUGCCAGGCCAUCACCCCUACCUUUGCUGACAUGAAGCUGCAUUUGUUGUACGUGCAUGGAGAGGAGGUCCAGGUGCGAUUGAGGGAUGGGGCCAUGCGCGGGGUCCGUGAAGCAGAGGAUGAACUGGUCAAACAUGCAGCACAUUACUGGAGGCAGCUCAAUGAGAAACGCAACCUAGUGCACUGUGGCACCUGCGACGAGGAGUUCUUCUCCUUUUCCAAGUUCAAACGCCACCUCCAUUCUCACCAUCAAGAAGCUAGAGAGAGUCAAGAAGAGGAGGAUGAAGAGGAGAUGAUAGGUAAGGAGGGCCAUGUAUUAAGGGGCCUCAGUAAAGGUAUAUCCCUGAGGGUGGGGUCUCACUUUAACUGCAUCCUUUGCAGUAAGGUGUUUAAUAAGAAACAGGACGUUAUUGAGCAUUGGAGGGCAAAGCACAACUGUGAAAAUCCCACCCUUCUAUGGGAUGUCCUGGACUUCAAAGGGGAGAGCAAGCUUACUGAUGGGCCAAAUUAACUGCAAAUGGGUAAUUUAUUAUUUGCUCCAUGUGUCGACUGUGUGGUUUAUGCAGGAUGCAGUGACGUUAACACAAAAAAAAAAAAAAUCCGCUAAUAGACUUUUUAUGUUGUUGUUUUGUUUUGCACUGUUUUUUAACAUCACAAAUGUUGUUUUGUAAUGCUUGAAUUUUGUAAUGUUUUAUGUUUGGUCUUUUUCUUUAACGUGCAUAAAAGCAGAAGAAAAUAAUCUAUAAAAAAAUUCACAAACUAUAAAUUCAGUCUUAAACAUAACCGUGGCUCAGGUGCAGAUGUAACAUUACUGCCAGCAAAUAGAAAAACCUAAGGAUGAUAAUUAUAAUUUUUAAGGUUUGUGGACACAGUGUGUUAGUAACUGCUUCAGUUGAGUGAAUCAGGUGAAACAGACUAACAAAGGCUCAUCAAAAACACAUUGCCACUCAAACAAAUUGAAAAUUUGCUAUAGUCUGAAUACAAAUGGGGAAUGAUUAGCAUGCUUGAAAUAACAUGUCAAAGAACAUUCAAAGUAUAAAAAAUUAUUAUUGGUGUUAUUCAGAAAAAUAUUAUUAAUAAUAAAGUUUCAGUCCUCAUUCCACAGCUAAAAUAAAUACUGCCAGAAAACCUCUGCUGACUUUUCAGUCUAAGACAAGCAGGUCCACUAGUAUGGAUUUAAAAUAUCAUUUAGAAAAUAAUAAACUCAGUUUGGCCAAUCUUUAACUGUUAAAUUUAGUAUGAAUGUGUGUAUGUUUGUUUCAUUAAAUAUUCUGUGUAGUAUUUUUUGAAUGGAAAUGUUAUGUAUUUAAAAUAUGUUUUUUGUGUCAUGGUGAAAUGUGGUGGUUUAUUUAUAUUAUCAGUCUAUUCAAACAUAUUUCGGUUCAUAAAAAAAAUGUCAGGGUAAAGGAAUGUUAAAAAAAAAAAACUCCUAAUUGUUAUAUAUGUAUACUUGAAUAUAUAGAUUACAAAUAUAUCUAAAAAAUACUAUAUACAGCUGUAUAUUGAGAAUAUAUAUAUUUACACAAAGACUUCCCCUGCUGUUUUGUUCUAAAAAAAUUAACAAUGAAAUAUAUUUACCUGUUACAGUGUCUUAAAUGUUAAACCUGCAGCUUUAGCUACAUUACCAGUCAAAGGUUUGAGCACACUUGACAGAAUUUUUGGCUGAUGAUUAAGCUAUGCUUAAAUGUUAAAACACAUUUUUAGCCCUUACGUAAAUGACACCUAUCUGUAAUUUUUUUUUACUAAACUUUUCAUUAAAAUGCAAAAAAAAAAAAAAAAAAAAACGGACGAUGGGACCGAAUAGAAAAGAAGGCAGCCAACAAAUGCCCAGCACACAUGGCAUCUCCUUCAGUACUAUUAAAAAAAAAAAAAAAAUAUCCCAGGUGGAUUCUUCAUUACUUUGUUGAGAGAUUGCCCAGAGUAUGCGAAGCUGGAAUCUAGGCUGCUUAAAGGCUGAAAUACACUACAUGAUUUUUCCCCAUUUUGCAGUCUGGAAGAGUCUAUUCUAGUUUCCAAAAGUUACAGCCAGUUUGCCGAUUUUGGGUGGUCGGAGUUGACAGAUUUGAGAAAAUCACAGUGUAUUAUGUGUGCAUUUUUUUUAGCUUCAGACAAUGAUUCAUUCCAGUUGGAGGAUAUCAGACAUAUUCGAUAUUUUUAGCCGAUUUUAAAAUGGUUUGUUGUGUUUGGAACAACUUCCAAGUCUGGUAGUUUAAGUGUUUUAGUCGACCAGUGUAUGAAUCUGUUCAGUCCUGUAGCAUAUUCCAGACUUAAAAUAAAAUAUAUUUUAUUUAUUUUUUCAUAGCUGACUUUACUAUUCUGAAAAUAAAGACAUUUAUAGAAUAAGUGUGUUCAAACCUUUAACUGGUGUUCGUUCUGUAAACAGUCAUCUACUUUAACUGGUGCUGUGUAAAGCGAACUGAUAACGUUCACUAACGUUACAUUCUUGACACAAAACGAACAGAAAAUCCCAGAGCACCAUUUCAUUUGUCUUUCAAAGUUGAAUUCAUAUUUUAGAUAACCUAAAGUCAGUAAUGUUGAUCUUACCAGUCAAUAAACAGAUAAAUGCUGCUUGUCUUGUUGAAAUUACCCUGCAAGUGUAGAACUUGUCUUUGGUGGAUUGCUUCUGACUUAAGCCAGAUUUACCUUAAAAAGAGAAUGAAAUUUUGCUUCAAGUGUGGUCUUAUUAUAUUUAAAGUGAUUGAUUGUUUAGUGAUGGACGUUUAAAAAAAAUUGGAAUCGGUUUCACUUAACAAGCCAGUAAUGACACAAGUGUCUGGUAGCAUUUCCAGUUCUGAAGAUUUCCCCGCCACUGUGAUAGAUAAACAUGUCUGUUUGUGGCUUUAGAUAAAGUAAGCCCUAAAUAGCAUUUGUACAAGAGAGAGCAUUGUCCCUGCAUUAUUGAUUAUUGGUGCCUAAAUAAAAAAAGAAAUAACUGAC